AAACCAUCAAUUCCACAGACGCACUGGCUGUCAGUCACGUGAAUUUGCAAUGGUGGAAGAGAUCUGCUGAGCAGAAGUUGAAGAUUUUUGUCGUUGUCCGCUUUGGUAUAGUGAUCCGGGAGUGUCUGACGUGAACUUUCUGCGGCGAUUCCGGGAUUCGGAGCUUUCGUACGGUGUAGGUUAGCUGGCGGUUUUCCCGCUGUAAGCGAAUAAAAGCUUAGAAGCCCCACCAUUCAUUUUUAUUAAACCCUUUGGACAGCACAAAACAAAUCGAAGAUGUCGGAGUAUUGGCUAAUAUCGGCACCGGGUGACAAAACCUGCCAGCAAACGUACGAAACAAUGAACAAUCUGACAAGCAAGCAGAAUAAUCUCUGCGAGAAUUAUAAGUUUCAUAUUCCGGAUUUGAAGGUUGGUACCCUUGAUCAGCUGGUGGGUUUAUCGGACGACUUGGGCAAGCUGGACGCAUAUGUUGAGCAGUCAACGCGCAAGAUUGCCUCCUAUCUGGGGGACGUUCUAGAAGAUCAGCGAGACAAGUUGUACGAAAAUCUUCAGGCCAACAAUAGUGAGUACCGUCUCGACGUUAAUCAACUCGAUGAUAUGGAAGAUAUACAAUCGAGUUCAUCGGUGUCUUCGAGAGCAAAAUCAGAACAUCAGCAGCAGCAGCAACAGGAAGAUGCCCAUUGCCAUCAACAUCAGCGAUCGUAUUCUGAUGAAUGUAGCAUCUGUUCCUGCUCGCCAUGCUAUUGCAGUAGUAGCUGCAGUCAGUAUGCCAAUUCUUCGGCAUUCGGUUCUGAGCGUGACAUCAGUUCCUCACCGUGCGUAUGUUUGAUCUCGGACUGCCCUGCUGCAAAUGAGGUCACGGGAUUUGAGUGUCAAAAUCAGCGACAGCAGCCAACGGCUGUUAAAAUUGCGUCGGAAGGCGGCAACAGAAAGCGCAGCCAUAGUAGCAAUUGCAGUAACUUAGCCGUGGAUCCUGGACCCGAACAUGGUCAAGACGAGCACGAAAGCAAUUUCGAAUGGUGGUUUCAUAGACGUAAAAGCUCACAGAAAAGCAGGAGCCGUUCUGCUAGUCAUCUUGGCGGUGGAACAACCGGCGCUAGUCAAACUCGCCGAUCGUCGCCGGUCAGCAGUUGUUGUGGGAGUCACGGACGCUGCAGUCCGGACGCGACGGAACAAGAGAUUUACGGUGUUGAAGAUUCCGCUACUGUUGCAUUAACCACUGCUGCUACUGCUAAUGCUACUACUAACGCUACUUCUGCUACCAGAUUUGCCAGAAAUGGGACAGUUAUUAAUCCAGAUGACUUGACCACCUACAUCACCCGUUUCCAGUGGGAUCUGGCCAAGUAUCCUACCAAGCAGUCGUUGAGAAACAUUGCGGACAUCAUCUCGAAGCAGGUGGGACAGAUUGAUGCGGAUCUGAAGACGAAGUCGGCCGCCUACAAUAACCUGAAGGGCAAUCUGCAGAACUUGGAAAAGAAGCAAACAGGAAGUUUACUGACGCGUAAUCUGGCCGAUCUGGUAAAGCGAGAACAUUUUAUUCUGGACUCCGAGUACUUGACAACUUUGCUGGUUAUUGUGCCCAAGGUCAACAUCAAUGACUGGAAUGCCCACUAUGAGAAAAUCACCGAUAUGAUCGUACCCCGUUCGUCUCAGUUGAUUACACAGGACAAUGAUUACGCUCUGUGUACGGUUACACUGUUCAAGAAGGUGGUGGAUGAAUUUAAGCUACACGCCCGUGAGCGUAAGUUUGUUGUUCGUGAUUUCACCUACAACGAGGAAGAGUUGGCAGCUGGCAAGAAUGAAAUCACCAAGCUUGUGACGGACAAGAAGAAACAGUUUGGUCCACUGGUCAGAUGGCUUAAAGUGAACUUUAGCGAGUGCUUCUGCGCUUGGAUACACGUGAAGGCCCUCCGUGUGUUCGUCGAGUCCGUUUUAAGAUACGGGCUGCCAGUCAAUUUUCAGGCUAUUCUGAUCCAUCCUAAUAAGAAAAAUACAAAACGUUUGCGAGACGUACUGAACCAGCUAUACGGUCAUUUGGACGGAUCGGCGGCGUCUUCGGGUGCCAAUGCUGACAACGUCGACAUUCCCGGACUCGGCUUUGGACAAUCGGAGUACUAUCCGUACGUUUACUACAAACUGCACAUUGACAUGGUCGAGAAUAAAAUUUAAGCCGCAAUGCUGUCCGCUGUUGUUGUACGUGAGAGUAUCAACCCCCGCAAACAAAUUUCAUCACUUGCUUCUGCGCUUGGUCGAGACAGAGAGAAAGCGAAAGCGGUGGGCGUCGUCUGGAACAAAAGCCCCGGUGGAUAUUACGCCUGUCAAAAUCCUAAAUUUCCCAAACGGUUGACUAUUUUGUGUCAUGAUGUUUAACUGUUGAUUAUUUUACCUGCUAUUGAUUGUGUAAUUUAAGUAGUUUAGUGACUCUAAGGCAUCAAUAUUUUUUAAGAUGAAGGCCCUAUUAUUGUUUGCACGUUGUGUAGAAAUACGAACCGAAAGAAAACGUUUUUAGAAGCCAUCAACGAACGCUCAUCUUUUGCUAUUUUCGACGGUCGAAUUUAUGGGUUGUAUUUACAAUCGAAACAAGAAAAAAAAGACAAUACAUUGCACCCAAAAUAUGGAUUUUGUUGUUUCUCGUUGGUUGGUUGGUGAACAGAUGGUUUGUGUCUGCUUCCUCAUGUUAUCAUCUCAAUAGGUUUGUUUGAAUCGUGACGCUUAAGUUCAAGCACACCCGUUGGAAGCGAAAAUUCAAAUAGUAAAGUCCCAAAUCGGUCAGAAAACUAAAUGCGUCGUUCAAUAGUAAACAUAAAAAUAUAGGAAGAAGUAUGUGUGUAUAUUUAAAAGAACUAUAUUAUAUUUCAUUAACCGUUGGAAGCGUUAAACAGGCUGAAUCGAACAACCAUUGAAAUUGUGUGUAAAUAAAAUAACGACCAUUCCAAAAUGAA